CCCUAUCAUCUUACAUAACCAUGAUUUCUCAUACUAUUAUCACCGCGCUGGUGGCUCUCUGUUCGGCCGUGGCCUCUACAAGCCUGGUCCAGGACUUGCUCUCGCCCCUACGUAGCGUGCGAGGCCCCUGGCUAGCCCGGUUCACCUCGGCCUGGUUUGCCUGCAAGGUCUCGCAGGGCUCGUUCCAUCAAGUCAACCGUGACCUGCACCGACAAUACGGGCCAAUCGUCCGCUACGGACCAAAACGCUACAGCAUUAGCGACCUCAACGAGAUUAAAACAAUAUACGGCGUGGGCUCGGCUUUCCCCAAAUCCUCGUGGUAUACAUCCUGGUCCGAACCUGGCGAACACAGUGUCUUUAGCGACCGUUCCAUCAAGAGGCAUGCCUACGAACGCAAAUUGUUCCAGGCAAGCUACGCUAUGUCUGCGCUAGUGCACUACGAAGCCUUUGUAGAUAACUGUGCCAACCUACUGAAGGCCCGGUUACAAGAGCUUAGUAGCUCUAGCAAGCCCGUCGACAUGUGCCACUGGUUCCGGUGCUAUUCAUUUGACGUUAUCGCUACUAUUACGUAUGGUAAGCGCCUAGGCUUCCUCGACCGCGGCGAGGACGUGGGUAAUAUGAUUAGUGCUAUCGACGGGAUUAUUAACUACUCGUCGAUGACGGGCAUCUUCCCCGGCCUGCAUCAGUUUCUGGCACCGCUCGUAGGCUUUCUAGCUGGCGGUAAAGGUAGCGGGAGGAGGUAUCUGAAAAAGUUCACGGAGGAGAGAGUGCUUGAGGGGUCGGUAAACCCAGAAAAGCCCAUGUUAGCGGACGGUGACGAUGGUCCACAGACGCUCUCCCAGCUGAGCAAAUUCCUCGCCAAGCACGCGGCCGACCCGGACAACUUCACAAAAGACCACGUCAAGUCAGGCUGCUUGGUCAACAUUGCGGCAGGCUCCGACACGACCUCUAUCAGCCUCUCGGCCGUACUGUACUACCUCCUUAAGCGACCCGCUACUAUGGCCAAAUUGCGCGCCGAGAUCGACGACGCGACCGACCGCGGCGAGCUCGCCGAGAACCCAACGUACAAGCAGUCCCAGCAGAUGCCUUACCUGCAGGCCGUUAUUAAGGAGGCGCUCCGAAUGCAUCCUGCGACCGGCCUGCCCCUUGAGCGCGAGGUUCCGGAAGGCGGUGCCACGAUUGCCGGCCAGUUCUUUCCCCAGGGUACUAUAGUCAGCGUCAGCAUAUGGGUCGCGCACCGCGACCGCGGCGUCUUCGGACAGGACGCCGACGAAUUCUCGCCUGAGCGCUGGCUACAAAAUGACGCUGAAACGAUCGCCCGGAUGAAUCGCUUCUGGAUGCCGUUUGGUGUCGGUUCCCGAACCUGCUUGGGCAGACACAUCAGUAUGCUCGAGAUGUGUAAGCUCCUGCCCCUGCUGGUGCGCGAUUUCGACUUCUCUCUGCCCGAAGAUCUCAGCGGUAAGGAGUGGAGUACCCAAGGCUGGUUGUUUAUCAAGCCUGUCUGCUUUAACGUUUUGGUGCAGCCGAGGAGGAGGGAGGUUGGGCUUUGAGGGCUGAUUGCUCAAACCUUUCAUGUGAGGAGGG